AUGCAAUUAUCGUUGUGUAUCAUUGGUCCGGCGGAGAGCCCUGAAUUAACCACCGUUUCAUCAGUCAAGUCAAGAGUCUCGAAUCAGAAAGUCAAGCUCAACCCUGAGUGUUCCAGCCAAGAAGACAUCUGGUCCACAGCAAGAUACCAGUCCAACGAGAAGGGCAAACAAACACUUAAGGAGAAUGCCGACAAAGAAGAGAGCACUCCAGCUGCCUUGACCGAGAAGAAGGGCAAAUCUGCUCUUUAUCUUGUCAAGGCAGACAAGUAUGACAAUGCUACUUGCAGCGAGAAGCCGACUGGUAAGGGUCAGAACACACCUGCAGCAUCUGAGGAGAAGGCCAGCUGCAAGAUCUGCUACUGGGCCACACUCUCCAAGCCCAACGAAGUGCUCAUGUCUAAGAAGGCUUUAUCAAUGUUGACAAGAAUCUGUUAG